GCCUGAAUGGGACGGGAGAAGAGAGAGAGCAAAAGCAAUAGCCGAGAGUGGGAGUAGCUAGCGGAGCUCCGCGCGCUGUACUCUGUCGACUAGCGCUUGUGGUGGCGUCGUCCUUCCUUCCACAGUUCCACUCACUCACACUUGCGCUUCCCACUCCCGCCGUUUUCCUCUCGCCCCGAGGCGCCGCCGAGGGAACCUGGAUGCGGGGGACGGGGUGGAGGGGGCCGUGAGUUCCGGCGCCGGCGCGUGCCGAUCGACAUGGGGGGCGCCUCCACCGCCGGUGUGAUGGCUGCCGUCUUCGCCGCGGUGGCGGUGUUCGGCGCCGCGGCCGCCGCUGCGUCGGGGGAGGACUCGCUCGCCGGCCUCGCCGGGGAAGCGGGCGGGAUCGACGCCGCGCCAGAGGUGAAGAGCUUGGGACCAUGGGCGAAUGGGCUGCUCAAAGGGAUGCCGGCUUCGGCAGCAGGGCCGGCAGCUAUGGGCCCCGUCGCCAAGUACCCUCUGGUUCUGGCGGAGGAGAGGACGCGGCGGCCGGACGUUCUCCACCAUCUUAGAAUGUAUGAAGGUGGUUGGAACAUCACCAACAAGCACUAUUGGGCGUCUGUUUCGUUCACAGGAGUUGCUGGAUUUCUUCUUGCUGCCUUAUGGCUUAUUUCAUUUGGGAUUGCUGCAGCUUCAUUCUGCUUUUGUAAAUCAAGAAUGGGCAAAGGAAAGGUUUCUCAUGCAGAUGUAGCAAGGCCUGUAUUGCUCGUUGUCGCUGCGCUUACUUUAAUAGCUGGAUGCAUCGUCCUUUUGUAUGGGCAGAGUGAAUUCCAUGAAAAAGCUACAGAGACUUUGGAUUUUGUUGUCAACCAAUCUGAUUUCACUAUUCAGACACUGACGAAUGUUACAGAUUACUUGUCAUUCGCAAUGACGGUCAAUGUGGCAGCACUCUAUCUGCCAUCAGAUGUUCAGAGUCAAAUUGACAAUUUGAAGGGGGAGUUAAAUAAAACAGCUGAUACCAUAUCUCAGAAGACAACAGAAAACUACAAAAGGAUCAGAAAAGUUCUCCAUAAUGUGUCUGUUGCAUUAAUUUGCAUCGCUGUGUUGAUGUCUGUUCUUGCAUUCCUUGGAUAUGUGCUAGAUCUGUACAGACCAAGACACACAAUUUACAUAUUUGCUACCUUAUGCUGGACAAUAGUGACAGCUCUCUUCAUUCUUAUUGGGAUUCUUUUGAUAGUGAGCAGUGCUGCAAAGGAUACAUGCCAAGCAAUGGACGAGUGGGCACAACAUCCUCAAGCAGAAACUGCUCUGAGCAACAUCCUUCCAUGUGUGGAUGAGAGCACAACCAAUCGAACGUUGUACCAGAGUAAACAUGUUGUGGUGCAGCUCGUGAGCUUAGUUAACAAAGCUAUAUCCGCUCUUUCAAAUCGAAGACCACAUCAUAUGCAUCCCGGGCAGUUCAUGCCUUACCUGUGUUCUCCCUACGAUUCAAGUCUGAAUGAUCGGCAGUGCUUAUCUAGGGAGGUGACAUUUGACAAUGCAACGACAGCAUGGCAGAACUAUACAUGCAUUGCACCUGACGCCGACGUAUGCUCUGGCCCCAGAACCGUGACCCCAGAGAUCUACAGCCAGCUUGUCUCGGCCGCGAAUGCGAGCUACGCUCUGCACCACUACGCUCCCCUCAUGCUCAACUUCCAGGACUGCAAGUUCGUCCGCGACACAUUCAGCUCCAUCGCCUCGCAGUACUGCCCUCCUCUAGAGCACGACCUCAGCUUUGUCUCUGCGGGCCUAGCCCUCAUCGCCUCUGCCUUCGUGCUUGGCCUUCUCCUGGUGCUCUUUACGGACCGCCCCCGAAGGGAGGAGGUGUCCGAGCUGCCAUCAGGGUUCCGGAUCACACCUGUAAACCGCUCCCCGUGACAGACAGUGGGGAUGCAAGAGAGUUUUACUUCCGUGGUUAUCAUAUCCAAGUUAGUACAGUUCCAUGGUUACCGAAACUAGUAUAGCCGAGUUUCAGGAUUAGUUAGGAAUAGGAAGAAGGCCGAAAAGCAGCAGGGGCGCGAAGCAGAAGCCCCCAUUUUGCAGUGGAGAGUUUAGGCGAAUGAAUGAGUGCUUCCUUCCAUUCCGUGGUAUUGUAUAUGCUGUGCCUGUGCUUCAGGAUAUAGUUGUAAAAACGAUGGUAAAAUCAGUAUGGGGGGCCAAGACCCCCAGUUAUGCUCUGGACUUUACAUUCUGUUA